UUAGCCCAGACCCCAGAGCCAAUCCCCGGCCACAUCCAGGCCCGCCUCCUUACUCCCUGCGGCCCCGCUCGCCCCUUUACCGUCAGCCAGCCGUAUCCAAUCCGCGAACCCUACCUAACCUGCCAGCCAAUCAGCAUCUAGAACUCAGAGUCAAUCUCAUCCAGGCUACUCCCCCAGGACAAGAUCACGCCCACCAGCCCCCCAACCCGGAUAGGGACCGGAGCCCCUGGAGACCAGGUUCCACCACAGGAGCGCAGCUACUCAUAUACCCUCGACAGAGGACAUGGUCCUUCUCUAGCCUCCUGUAUUGGGGGUGGGCGUCCUUUUGGACCUAGCAUGCAGCUUCGGGAGGGACGCACCUGGAGUGGUGAGGAGGAGGAGGACCUGCCUAGCCAGCCAGAUCAGCCGAAUCAACCCUGGUGAUCAAUGGGUGACAGAUAUCGCAGCCAGAUGGCCCUCAUAUCCUGUUUUUAAAAUGUCUUCGAAAUUAAAAAAUGCAAAACGCAUCGAAGGACUUGACAGCAAUGUCUGGGUUGAAUUUACCAAGUUGGCUGCAGAUCCCUCUGUGGUGAAUCUUGGCCAAGGCCUUCCAGAUAUAUCGCCUCCAACAUAUGUAAAAGAAGAAUUAUCAAAGAUUGCAUUAGUUGAUAACCUGAAUCAGUACACGCGGGGCUUUGGAUCGGACUUGGGUCCUUGCCCUUGCGCAGCAGACGGCAAAACCACUGAGCUAAAUCCCCGGCCCUGUCCUUUCUCUCUUGAAAGUAGCUGUCUCUCCUCUGUAACUACUGCUGUCUUAACCGUCAGUGGGCAUCCAUCACUUGUCAAAGCUCUGUCCUGCCUAUAUGAAAAAUUUUAUCAAAACCAAAUUGACCCAAAUAAAGAAAUCCUUGUGACAGUAGGAGCAUAUGGAUCUCUUUUUAAUGCCAUUCAAGGAUUAAUUGAUGAAGGAGAUGAAGUUAUAAUAAUAGUGCCUUUUUACGACUGCUAUGAGCCCAUGAUGAGAAUGGCCGGAGCAACACCUGUUUUUAUCCCCCUAAGAUCUAAAGCUGUUUGUGGAAAAAAAUGGUCAAGUUCUGACUGGACGUUAGAUCCUCAGGAACUCGAAAGCAAAUUUAAUUCUAAAACCAAAGCCAUCAUACUAAAUACACCACACAACCCCCUUGGCAAGGUGUAUACGAAAGAAGAGCUCCAACUCAUUGCUCACCUUUGCAUCAAAUAUGACACACUCUGUAUCAGUGACGAGGUUUAUGAGUGGCUUGUAUACACCGGAAAUAAGCAUUUAAAAAUAGCCACUUUCCCAGGUAUGUGGGAGAGAACAGUAACCAUAGGAAGUGCCGGGAAGACUUUCAGUGUGACUGGCUGGAAGCUCGGCUGGAGCAUUGGUCCUCACCAUUUGAUAAAACAUUUACAGACCGUUCAACAAAACACUAUUUAUACUUGUGCAACUCCCUUACAGGAAGCCUUGGCUCAAGCUCUCUGGAUUGACAUCAAGCGCAUGGAUGACCCAGAGUGUUACUUUAAUUCUUUGCCAAAAGAAUUGGAAGUAAAAAGAGAUCGGAUAGUACAUUUACUUGAAAGUGUUGGCCUGAAACCCAUAGUUCCUGAUGGAGGAUACUUCAUCAUUGCUGAUGUGUCUUCAAUAGAUGCUGACCUCUCUGACAUGAUGAACAAUGAGCCUUAUGACUAUAAAUUUGUGAAAUGGAUGACUAAAAAUAAGAAACUAGCAGCCAUCCCUGUGUCAGCAUUCUGUAACUCAGAGACCAAAUCACAAUUUGAGAAGUUUGUGAGGUUUUGCUUCAUUAAAAAAGACAGUACACUGGAUGCUGCUGAGGAAAUCAUCAAGACCUGGAAUAGACAGAGAUCUCAAAGUGGGCAGAAUGUGUGACUGUUUCCACUAGAUGGCCUAGUAUGGCCCUAUAACUCAGUGCUGCCACCUGCUGGAUGUUGAGCAACAAAUAAUUCAAUACAAACAAAUUUAAGUAACUCUCUCCGUUGUUUUUCUAAUUCACUUCACUGCUAACAGUCUUCAGGAAAUUUGAUUUUUUUUUUUCAGUUGAAGUGUAUUAAAACAGCUUCCCCUAAGAUAUCAAUGUAGUUUAAGGGUGAAUGUGCUUGAAACCAUGGGUUAGAUGCCCAACACCACAGGGGAAAAAUGAAAUGCUUCUAUUGUUUUAUGUAAGUCAGCAUAGCGUAGUGGAUAAGAACUGUGAGAAGCUUAACCUCUCUGUGAUUCAGUUUCUGAAUUAUAAAUGGGGAAUGCAAACAGCACUUCUUCAUAGGAAGGUGGUCUGUGAGGAUUAAUGGCCUAAUCUCUGUAAAGCCUAGUAAACAAUAAACACUCACUUGAAAGUUU